CGCGUAGUUGGUUUCGUUACCACGAAUCUGCUCUUAAAAGGGAAGAAGACUGUUAUUAUGUCGAAUGCAAAUAAAAAGAUAUCAAACAAAAUGAGGUUACAAGGAUCUUUCAGUAAAAAUGGAACAGGACGUGUUGAAGUGUACUUCAGUGGACAAUGGGGAACAAUCUGUGAUGAUGGAUGGGAUUUCAAAGAUGCUAGAGUUGUUUGUCGUCAACUUGGUUAUAACGAUGCUGUUAGAGAUCUUCACGGAGGUCAGGUUCCUGAUGGUUCUGGACGGAUAUGGUUAGACGAGGUUGAAUGCAAAGGAAUGGAGCAAAGUUUGAUAAGUUGUUCUCAUAGAGGAUGGGGAGAACAUGAUUGCAGUCAUUCCGAAGACGCUGGAGUAGAAUGUCUUUCAAAAGCCUAUAAAACGCUGAGGUUACAAGGAUCUUUCAGUAAAAAUGGGACAGGACGUGUUGAAGUGUUUUUCAAUGGACAAUGGGGAACAAUCUGUGAUGAUGGAUGGGAUUUCAAAGAUGCUAGAGUUAUUUGUCGUCAACUUGGUUAUCAAGAUGCUGUUAGAGCUCUUUACGGAGGUCAGGUUCCUCAUGGUUCUGGACAGAUAUGGUUAGACGAGGUUAAAUGCACAGGAAUGGAACAAAAUUUGACAAGUUGUUCUCAUAGGGAAUUGGGAGAACAUGAUUGCAGUCAUUAUGAAGACGCUGGAGUAGAAUGUUUUCCAGCAGCUGAUGUAACGCUGAGGUUACAAGGAUCUUUAAGUAAAAAUGGAACAGGACGUGUUGAAGUGUUUGUCAAUGGACAAUUGGGAACAAUCUGUGAUUAUGGAUGGGAUUUCAAAGAUGCUAGAGUUGUUUGUCGUCAACUCGGUUAUCAAGAUGCUGUUAGAGCUCUUCAGGGAGAUCAGGUUCCUCAUGGUUCUGGACGGAUAUGGUUAGACGAGGUUGAAUGUACAGGAAUGGAGCAAAAUUUGAAAAGUUGUUCUCAUAGAGGAUGGGGGGAACAUGAUUGCAGUCAUGGCCAAGACGCUGGAGUAGAAUGUGUUUCAACAGCCGAUAUAACGCUACGGUUACAAGGAUCUUUAAGUCAAUAUGGAACAGGACGUGUUGAAGUGUUCUUCAAUGGACAAUGGGGAACAAUCUGUGAUGAUGGAUGGGAUUUCAAAGAUGCUAGAGUUGUGUGUCGUCAGCUUGGUUAUCAAUUUGCCGUUAGAGCACUUUACGGAGGUCAGGUUCCUCAUGGUUCUGGACGGAUAUGGUUAAACGAGGUUGAAUGCAAAGGAAUGGAGCAAAAUUUGUUAAGUUGUUCUCAUAGUGGAUGGGAACAAAAUUAUUGCAGUCAUGACCAAGACGCUGGAGUAGAAUGUGUUUCAACAGCUGAUAUAUUGCUGCGGUUACAAGGAUCUUUGAUUAAAAAUGGAACAGGACGUGUUGAAGUGUUCUUCAAUGGACAAUGGGGAACAAUCUGUGAUUAUGGGUGGGAUUUCAAAGAUGCUAGAGUUGUUUGUCGUCAACUUGGUUAUCUAGAUGCCGUUAGAGCUCUUCACGGAGGUGAGGUUCCUCAUGGUUCUGGACGGAUAUGGUUAGACGAGGUUGAAUGCAAAGGAAUGGAGCAAAAUUUGAUGAGUUGUUCACAUAGAGGAUGGGGAGAAAAUUAUUGCAGUCAUGACCAAGACGCUGGAGUAGAAUGUGUUUCAACAGCUUAUAAAACGCUGAGGUUACAAGGAUCUUUAAGUAAAAAUGGAACAGGACGUGUUGAAGUAUUCUUCUAUGGACAAUGGGGAACAAUCUGUGAUGAUGGAUGGGAUUUCAGAGAUGCUAGAGUUGUUUGUCGUCAACUUGGUUAUCAAGAUGCUGUUAGAGCUCUUCGCGGAGGUCAGGUUCCUGAUGGUUCUGGACGGAUAUGGUUAGACGAGGUUGGAUGCAAAGGAAUGGAGCAAAAUUUGUUAAGGUGUUCUCAUUCAGGAUGGGGAAAACAUGCUUGCAGUCAUGACGAAGACGCUGGAGUAGAAUGUUUUUCAACAGCUAAUGUAACGCUGAGGUUGCAAGGAUCUUUAAGUGAAAAUGGAAGAGGACGUGUUGAAGUGUUCUUCAAUGGACGAUGGGGAACAAUCUGUGAUGAUGGAUGGGAUUUAAAAGAUGCUGAAGUUGUUUGUCGUCAACUUGGUUAUCAAGGUGCCGUUAGAGCUCUUCGCGGCAGCGAGGUCCGGAAUGGUUCUGCACGGGUAUGGUUAAACGAGGUUGAAUGCAAAGGAAUGGAGCCAAAUUUGAUAAGUUGUUCUCAUGCGGGAUGGGGAGAACAUGAUUGCAGUCAUGACGAAAAUGCUGGAGUAGAAUGUGUUUCAACAGGUAAAGAUACCAGAAAUGAACGUGUUAAGUUGGCCCUCUGCGCAAAUUAA